UCUAGGCGGCCGCGGCUCCAUGGGGCUCCUGGGGCUGCUGAGCCUGCUGCACUCGGCUUUCUUCGGGGACCAGGCACUGCAGGAGCUGAAGAUGACGAGCUCCGUGGCACCCUAUGAGCAGCUGGUGCGGCAGGUGGAGGCCUUGAAGGCCGAGAACAGUCACCUGAGGCAGGAGCUUCGGGAUAACUCAAGCCACUUGUCCAAGCUGGAGACAGAGACAUCGGGCAUGAAGGAGGUCCUGAAGCACUUACAGGGCAAGCUGGAGCAGGAGGCCCGAGUGCUGGUGUCCUCGGGGCAGACUGAGGUGCUGGAGCAGCUGAAAGCCCUGCAGAUGGACAUCACCAGCCUGUACAACCUCAAGUUCCAGCCCCCAGCUCUGGCCCCGGAGCCAGCUGCCCAGACCCCUGAGGAAAGCCCAGUACACAGCUCCGGGCCCUCCAAGGACAGCUUUGGGGAGCUGAGCCGGGCCACCAUCCGGCUGCUGGAGGAACUGGACAGGGAAAGGUGUUUUCUGUUGAACGAGAUUGAGAAGGAGGAAAAGGAGAAGCUCUGGUAUUACUCGCAGCUGCAGGGCCUGUCCAAGCGCCUGGACGAGCUCCCGCACGUGGAGACGCAGUUCUCGAUGCAGAUGGACUUGAUCCGUCAGCAGCUGGAGUUCGAGGCCCAGCACAUCCGCUCGCUGAUGGAGGAGCGCUUCGGCACCUCGGACGAGAUGGUGCAGCGGGCGCAGAUCCGUGCUUCCCGCCUGGAGCAGAUCGACAAGGAACUGCUGUCAGCUCAGGACAGAGUGCAGCAGACGGAGCCCCAGGCCUUACUGGCAGUGAAGUCAGUGCCAAUGGACGAGGACCCCGAGAUGGAGGUCCCCACGCACCCUGAGGAUGGUGCCCCUCAGCCAGGCAACAGCAAGGUGGAGGUGGUCUUUUGGCUUCUGUCCAUGCUGGCGACGCGUGACCAGGAGGACACAGCCCGCACGCUGCUCGCCAUGUCCAGCUCACCCGAGAGUUGUGUGGCCAUGCGCCGCUCGGGCUGCCUGCCGCUGCUGCUGCAGAUCCUGCAUGGCACUGGCACCGAGGCGGGGUCUGGGGGCCGCCAUGGGAACCCUGGGGCGCCGGGAGCCAAGGACGCACGUAUGCGCGCCAACGCAGCGCUGCACAACAUCGUCUUCUCCCAGCCAGACCAGGGCCUGGCGCGCAAGGAAAUGCGUGUCCUGCACGUGCUGGAGCAGAUCCGCGCCUACUGUGAGACCUGCUGGGACUGGCUGCAGGCCCAGGACGGCGGGCCCGAGGGAAGCGGCGCCCCCGUCCCCAUCGAGCCACAGAUCUGCCAGGCCACCUGUGCUGUGAUGAAGCUGUCGUUCGACGAGGAGUACCGCCGGGCCAUGAACGAGCUGGGUGGGCUGCAGGCCGUGGCGGAGUUACUGCAGGUUGACUACGAGAUGCACAAGAUGACCCAGGACCCUCUGAACCUGGCCCUGCGCCGAUAUGCUGGCAUGACACUCACCAACCUCACCUUCGGGGAUGUUGCCAACAAGGCCACGCUGUGCGCCCGCCGGGGCUGCAUGGAGGCCAUCGUGGCCCAGCUGGCGUCUGAGAGCGAGGAGCUCCACCAGGUGGUGUCCAGCAUCCUGCGGAACCUGUCCUGGCGGGCUGACAUCAACAGCAAGAAGGUGCUGAGGGAGGUGGGCAGCAUGACUGCCCUGACGCAGUGCGUCCUGCGAGCCACCAAGGAGUCCACCCUAAAGAGUGUGCUCAGCGCCCUGUGGAACCUCUCAGCGCACAGCACGGAGAACAAGGCCGCCAUCUGCCAGGUGGAUGGCGCCCUGGGCUUCCUGGUGAGCACGCUGACCUACAAGUGCCAGAGCAACUCGCUGGCUAUCAUCGAGAGCGGCGGCGGCAUCCUGCGCAACGUGUCCAGCCUCGUCGCCACCCGCGAGGACUACAGGCAGGUGCUGCGGGACCACAACUGCCUGCAGACGCUGCUGCAGCACCUGACAUCGCACAGCCUGACCAUCGUGAGCAACGCGUGUGGCACGCUGUGGAACCUGUCGGCCCGCAGCUCCCGCGACCAGGAACUGCUGUGGGACCUGGGCGCCGUGGGCAUGCUGCGCAACCUGGUGCACUCCAAGCACAAGAUGAUCGCCAUGGGCAGCGCUGCCGCCCUGCGCAACCUGCUGGCCCACCGGCCGGCCAAGUACCAGGCGGCCCGGCCACUGCCCAGGGUGGCUGCGCCGGGUACCACGUGGCGUCGCAUCCGGGACGAAGAUGUCCCGCACAUCCUGCGGAGCACGCUGCCUGCCACCGCCCUGCCCCUGAUGGGCUCCUCACCCGAGGAGGGCCCGGCUGGCCCACCGCAGCGCAAGACCAGUGACGCUGUGGUCCAGACAGAGGACUUCGCUGCCACCAAGACCAACUCCAGCACGUCUCCAAGCCUGGAGAGCAGGGAGCCUCCCCAGACCAUAGCCGGCGGCCCCACCUCCCUCCUUGGCAGCGACGUGGAUGGGCCCAGCCCUGCCAAGGCGCCCACCCCUACCCCCUUUGUCCACGAGGGGCUAGGGGUGGCCGCAGGGGGCUUUCCUACCAGCCGGCAUGGCUCCCCCAGCCGCUCAGCCCGGGUUCCCCCCUUCAAUUACGUGCCCAGCCCCAUGGUGGCAGCCACCGCUGACUCUGCCGUGGAGAAAGCCCCUGUCCCCAUCCCCACCAGCCUCCUGGAAUAG